AUGAAGAGAAGACACGAAAACAAUGAAAAUGAAUUCCAAGAGAGAAAGAGGCACAUGACCGAUGAAGAACUCGGAGAGUUAACUGAUUUCGCUCUAAACAUAGUUGAGCCAGAAAAUAAAGAACAUUUAAAUCAAAUUGUGCGACUUGCGGUAGAUAAAAACGAAGCAUUUAUAAAUAUUUGGCGAGCUUUAGUUACCUCAAAAGAUGAAGAAAUGGACUCUGCGUCUACGGUCGAAAGCGACCAAGAAUUGAUCAAAAAAAAUAUCCGUUUUAAUAUGAACAAGAUUGGAACAAUUUAA